AUGGCAGUCUUUCGACGAGGCUAUGCAGCUGAGCCGGUGCUGUCCCAGCUGUCCCGAGUGGUCUCAGCACAGGGCACUGGUGCCUUGGAGCAGCUCCAUGCCUCUCACCCCGACGCCGCAGAGCAGCGCCGGGACUUGCUGAGACGCCUGGGGGCGGAAGCGGAGAAGGACGACAGCAAGAAACCGGAAGCCAUCAGAGAAGCGCUGGAUGCGUUGGAAGAUGAGCAUUCCCUGGUUCGCCUUGCAGGUAUCCACGCCUUGGCCCGUGUGGCCUCCAUGGGAUCCUGGCAAGGUGUGGCAGCGAUGGCCACUGAUCCUGAUGAGUUGGUGCGGGUGGCUGCGGUGCGAGCGAUGGGACGCAUGGCGGAACCAGGUGAUGCAGAAGCUUUGGAAUUUCUAGAGAAAGCUGAGAAAGAAGCGAAGGAUCGUUCCGUGCGCGGUGCAGCGCGCGACGCGGCCGCACGGCUGCGGGGGCACUUUGGCGCGCUGCCGGGGGGUGGCCAAGCAACAUCAGGAUCUGUGGGGGGUCAUUCCUUGCACCACUUGGGCUUCGUUGGCCACCAGGGCCACCGGCGCGGCGUAGCAGCACUGCUGCUGCUGGCGCUGGGGGUUGCGCCGGGAUUUUUGCUGCCAGAGGUGCCACAGGGUGCAUUGCCUCGCCGAAGUCUGGGACUGGCUGCGGCGUUGCCGGGCCUGCUGGGUACCUUGCAAGCGCCGCAAAUUGCGCGUGCGGAGCAGGGCUGGCAACUGAAACUUCCCAGGACCUGGAGAACCUUCGAGCAAAACGCCCAGCCGCCGCCAGAGGUGAAGAAAGCCACCGCGCUGGUGGUGGCCGGCAACCCGGAACAAGGCGGAGAGCUGGUGGUACUGCGGGUGCCAUUGUCCUUGGAUCCCAAUGACCCAAAUGCCAAGAGCAACAAGGAUUUGGUGAGCUAUUUCACCUCUGGCUUGGACAAGCAGCCCUCGGUGCCAACUGCCAAAGCCGCCGAGGUGGUCACCUCCUCUCAAAAGACAGCGCCGGGCUUGAUCAAGUGGAACUUCUUGGAACAGCCGGCUGAGAAGGUGAUUUAUGGUCGGCGAUAUUUGAAGUAUGACUACGAGGCGAGCAUUUGUCCUGGCGUUGUGACGAAGGGUAGCAAGGGCGAUACCUGUAUGGCAAUUGAGGACACCUCUGAGUUGCCUUUGUACGAGCGUCGCCAUCGUAUCCUGCUGACCGUCACUGAUGAGGGCGCCACAGCACGGGGCGAGAAGGAUCCGACUUACUACAUUUGGUUGUUGGACAUCAGCGGCCCUGCACAAGAAGCCCGAGAUAACUGGGGCGUCCUUAAGGAGGCAGUGACCGAGGUGGCUGACUCCUUUGUGAUUUCCGAAGAUGAGAAGACCUUGGAAAAAGCUCGAACUGCAGAGAUCACCCCAGAGCAGCUGAAAGCCCUGGAGCAACUGAAGAAAGAAGGGGCAUUGCCUGAGGAGAAGUUCUGA